AUGGAGCCAAAAUCAUCUCGCGGCAUCAAACGGCCACAUUCCACUUCUGAUUUCACACUCGGUGAAAAUGAAAUUAGCAGCACCAGCAUCAAUCACAGUCGCAGCCAUGGAACGCAACAAAGCCAAAGCCAACUCACCAUGCGCAGGCUUGCAGGAACACCACGUCGGGGUGGCAAUAGUACACCUCAUGCCGGAAACCCGACAGCCUUGACACCACCGCAAUAUACGGGAGCAAAUCGAAUACAUCGACAGCCUGCGCCAAAGGCCCGUCGCUCACCUCUCCCUUUCACGUACGGAUCGGAAGUCAGCCUGAACCCUGCCAUGUUGUCAGCUCUCCCAGAACCUACUGCAGUCCAACAGAUCAAAAUGGCAAUUCCUGCGAUCCCGCGAUUGAUGACUGGCCACGUAGACAUCGCAAAGAUGAUCAGCAUGUUGAUUGCCAAUGCAAUGACAGAUCUACCCGCGACGGUUACGAAAUCCGAUCACAGUGUCCACGUCCACAGAGCAAGCAAAACGGACACUCCUGGGGCCGACUUUGACCUGCUUUUUAAUAGUUUGUCUGAGUCAGGUCUUGUCGGCGCAAAGAAUCCAACGACCCCGAUGAGGGGGCAUGGCACACUUGUGAACAAAUGA